UCUUUUGACGCUGAAAAUGAGCGUCGAGCGUCAGCGUGAAAAGGCACCUUUAUUAAGCAGCAUCGGAACAUUCGGAACGUAUCCGGAUCGACGAGGUGACGAAAGCGCGCGUCCCGAGUUAAUUUAUCCGUCGGCCUGUGUGCAGUAAACGUUUCGGGACUUCGGGAGUACCAUGAAAGGGGAGACGAAGGUCGCGAAGUGUCGAGAGAAAGAAAAAGCGGGCGACUCGCGAGAUUGUAAUCGGCCGUGUGCGUGAAGCAACAAGCGAUCGCGCGCGCGUUUGUUUAUUUGUGCGCGGCGAAGUGAAUCGCAGGGAGUGAUGCUGGAACGACGGAUGAUUAUCAUUUUAAUUCGACUUCUGCCGAUGAAACAACGAUGGAGCCGAGGGAAAGCGACAGUGGAUGUCGUAUCACGUGACUGCGAAGGUAGACCGGGAAGGUUCUUCGGACUUGGGGUGCGCACACAGAGACCGUGGCAUAGGAUACUAGGAUACAGAGAUCAAGUGACUCCCAAGAACCGCCUCCGACUUGACGUGUUCCCUGAAGGAGAGUGCGGGCACGGCGCGCUUUCCCGGAGCUCGCAGGCCCCGUCGCAUGAUCUUUCGGCGGAUAUCCGAACGGAAAGCAAUACGGAGUAACGGACGCAGCUUUGCCGGUGGACGUGGUUUCGCCUGAAAUCUGUACGUUUUUGGAGUUUUCUUUUUGCCGUUCGAGACGUCGAGCGGACAUUGUAAUUUUGUGCGCGAUCGUAUCUUUCCCGUCUUAUGCUUUCGUCGUGAUAUAAUGAAAUGCGCGUCGCGAACAAUUAACGUCGAGAGUGUCGCGUGAUCGUAAUUAACCGCGUUUUCGCGAGUGAGUAUGACGUGACUGCAACAAAGAAACCGAGAGGAGGAGAAGGAGGAGGCCUGGGAGGCAUCGAGCGACGACGGAGCGGCCAUAGGGUGAGUAGCUUAUAAUUUACUUAUCAUUUGCUAUUGGCGGAAGUGAUCGUUUAGUCUCACGAUAGGAGAAGCUUGUAUAUAAAAAUUUUCAACAUUUAAGACAAUUGACGAAAAAUUCUGUAAACUAUCGACGUGAGAAUUUAAUUUUUACUUAUCAAAUUUUAUAUAAAAAUCAUAUUUAAGGAGAAAAUUAAAUGCGAUGAAAUGAUCGACUGAUUGAGAGCUUACAUUUUUCGUUCUAAUAUCUAGAUGUCGCGGCUUGUCUACUCCCACACGUAUUUAAUAAACCAGAUAAAAAAUGUAUAUCAAGCUCUGAUCUAAUUACUUUGACUUAAAAAUAUUUAUAUGAUUGGAUUAAAUUAUUUUACAAAUGACAAUUCUAAUAGUUCUAUAUUAUUAUUACAAUUUUUGUAAUUGUUCUGACUUUUGGAAAUCUAAUUUUUGAAUACCAUCUUAAUUUAUUAACAGAAAAACACAAAAAUUGAGAAAUUUAAUUUCUCAUUCUUGCUUUUAUGGUUUUCGGUAAAUACGGCGGUUAUCGGAUAGACAAAUCAUUCAGUAUUAAUUGUGAGAAAGAUUAAUGAGAAGGCAUAUACGUGAAGGGUCGAGCGGAGCAAAAUGCUGAGUCAGGGAAGGAUGAUAAUGCAGCACCAUUUUAUAUUAAAGUCACGUAUAUAUAUGUUCUGCGUCUUCUCGGAAGAUAUCAUAUGUGCGCAGAUUACACGUUAAAUUUUAUAAAACUUGUGUAUAAAUAUUGCUAUCGAGUUUUUGAUAAGAAAGUAAAGGUAGAAAUUAAAUUGUAACAAAUUCAGCACGUAGCAUACGUACUUUGUAUCAAAACACGUUUAAUAAGUGAUCGCGAGCGAGAUUUACAUCAACUGCACGGAAAAUCCUAUGCAAUAUUACAUUAAUUGCAUUCUGUUACACGUACAAUCGUGUUAAGUUUAAUUGGCAAUAUUUCAACGUUAUUAAGCGAUAAAAAUUCCGCGCGACUGAACCGAAGGGAGUUGUUAUAUGAAGCGUACCCAUUAAAAAAAAUUGGCGGGGUAUCGCGGUGUGACGAUCGGGAAUUGAAUAGAAAUAGCGGCGAACAAAGAAAUCAAAGGACAGUUAGCUUCCCGGAGCGAUUCUGUAUGCUAUCGGUUUUACUCUUCGUUGCUCGCCAUUGCAACGGGGCCAAUUCUCACCCUAGUCGAGUUCCGAAGCUUUUCGCGGUCGUUAUGGGGUAUUUGUACAACACAAUUUAUCUCGCCCCGGGGCCACGGACUACAAUGGCGGUUACGCGACGGCUACGUCCAUUCGAACUCGAAGGAAAUGUCCGCCGUAUAAUAAUCGAUUACCGGCGAAUGAAAGGAGAAGAAAUCAUCCAGAGAUUCGGCACGCACAACGGUGCACACACGCACGCACGUGUGUCACUGACGCGGGGCGGCCGCACUCCGCGUCAUCGAGAGAUUAGGUAGACAAUUACUCGGCACUAUUUCGGAAAUUCAAUACACACAGAUUUGGAGGUACACAUCGGAGAGCGUGACGCCGCGUUGCGAAGGCAAUUGACGCGGCAACAUCGAGCGGCGUGUGCUCGCUCAUAAGUAAAACGUUCGCGAUGUGGAAUUAUGAAUUUAGCGAUCUCCGAAGCGUGUCGUAAUUCCGUGCUUUGCGCGACGACUCUUCGCGCCUCGACGAUUUCUUUGUUCGCGAAAUUGAAGAUUUAGUUGCCCCAAUACCGAGAACCUGACGCGCGCGGUCCCAGCGUCCGUGUCACGGUUCCUGUCCGCGUCCACUUUCGUGUUCACACGUGUAUCCCGAGGGCUAUAAAUAAGCGUGGUCACCGGACACGGUCGCGCGCGGUACGGGAAAAGUUGACUAAUUGCGAGUAACCACGCUGCGAACGUCGUCGUUGCUCGUUUCUUCUCGUCAAGCUAUAUCCUCCUCUCGUGUGGCUAUCCCGCCUUUUACGGCCUUGUAAUAUACAGUUGGAGCGCGCGCCGUACUUUUUCGACGCCGUUCAUCAUUCUGAGACUAAUCUCUUCUACUUGGGCUACGUUGACGCAUCGUUUGUCUUGCCCUUAACGCAGAGUAGGCAGAGCCUUAUAGCCUCGGUCGGGGUGGCUCGGAGGCUUGUCAGUUCGUAUCAAAUUGCUUACGGGAGAAACUAUAGAUCGCCUUACUUUUUAUUCUGAACUCCCGUCGCAUUCAGCAAUGUGCCAGAAAGAUGCAUGUGCGACGUAGCAGUGCCAUCUUUCGUCAAUAUUCUUUAUUUAUUGCACUAAUAAAAAUUUUUACAAGCAUUUUUAUUGUAUUGUUUCAUAAACGUUAUCUUCGUGCAUGAUAAUUAUAUUUAAAAUCUUUGAUAUAUAGCCGAUUAUUAAUUACAUAUGUACCACGUGUCGACGCUGUUCCGCUAACGCACCGUAUUUCCUAAAUGACAAUAUAUCUCUCUCGGAGAUUUCGCCAAAUAAUUUUGUUGGUGAAACCGGAUUAAUUUGCAGGGUAGUUUUCGAAGGAGCCCGAAAUGAGAGAGUGAUGCGAAAUGGCGAAGCCUGCGGCCACAUAAUCUCGUUUACCGGAGGUAAUUGCUUCCUAAUCGCGCGCGACCAAUCAGCCUAACUGUGUUACGCUGUCUAAUUCGUUUAUGCGGCAAUGUUGUAUCGGCCUAACCCCUCUCGGUCCUUAUCGAAGCAUUGGAUUACUCCGGUCCUUUUCCACGUAAAUCCCUUUCUACGUUUCGCCUCAACUCCAAUUGCGAGAACUAUAGGGUGCUGUCGAUCUAUAGGGUGGUAAUCGCUUUGACGUCGACGUGUAUAUAUGUAUUUAUAUAUAUAUAUGGUCAGUUAAUCACAUUCUAUUUGUUCCUAUUGAUUGUUCCGUUCAGAUUGAUGUGAUCACAAUUCUGAAUCUUAAUCUUUGAAGAGAAAAAAACAUGGUCAAACGUGAAUUAUUACAUUUACACAUGCACUCGUUUAAAGUUUCGUUUUAUGUGGAGAUAUGAAUUGGUAAAAUUCUCAAAGGACUUUUUAAAUCGAAAAUAGGCAUAAAUUUAUUUGUGAACUUAAUAUUAUUGUUCUUAUAUUUUGUACAUUUUACAUGCCUUUGCGUGUGUUAUACAUAAUAUUUUAAAUUUCAAAGACGGAGCAGGAAAUAAAAUCGAUAUUUGAUUAAGAAAGAUGUGUAAUAAUUGAAACAAAAAAUAUACAUAUAUAUAAACAAAAGCGGAAUAGAAGAGUUAGUAAAGACAUGAUAAAACCGGUUUGCUGACCAACGAAUGGAAACCAUUGAAUUCUCACUGGCGCCAACUAAUCCGUUUGAAGUACUCUUCAGCAAGUGCCGCUGCUUUCUUUUGCCGCCGUCGAUGCCUUCCCUGAUGCAAAACAUUGCCGGAAGAGCACUCUUGACUAAGCACUUGAUGCGUAACUUUCUUGUCACGGCUAAGAACAGACGUUACACACUAUAGCGUUCGACGGGAAAUGAUAAACAUUAUCCGCGCAUAUUUAAAAAUUAACACGUGGAAACGGACACUAACCAGACUUUGCGGAGAACAAUUUUGAGCGAAGAAAAAAUGUUUUUUUUUUACUUUACAACUUUUACUUUCUCUACACAAUGUAAAGGAGAAGAAAGGACUGCCUUUUAGAAAGAAAUAUAGACAGCUCCCAUAUGUCCAAGCACAAUUGCGAUUCAAACUGGAAUCUUUGUGUCAGAGAGUUAUUUUUCUGCUUUCGUAGUAGUUUGCGAUUCGAUAGAAGCUAACGCGGCUAAGGUUGGCCACUCAUGAAUACAUUAUCCUUUCUAACGAGGUGAAUAGGUCAAGUAGAUGGAGUCGCAGCGUCUGUCCAUAAAUCACUUAAAGGGCAAGCGAAAUCACCCCACGUGCAAGCCGGUUUGACUUCUCGUGCAUCUGCUUCCGCUUUUUGUUUCGUGACGUGGUACCGACGCCCCCCUUCGCGGAAGGAACACGCCUCUUAUUCUUUCAUUCUUUAACUUAUCGCAAAAUUAUCAUCCCUUCUGUAUUUUUUUUUAUCGUUCUCACUAUCGCGCGUGCGAUGCCUCGCGUGUCACAUACUAUCGAUGGCCCAUUCGUGCGAUGGAAAAGCGAUGAUAACUUGCGACAUGCAGCGAAUAGGAGAUAUCAUUGAUGUAUUUUGCAGUUUACGCGGUAUUUCCAUAGAUGAUGGAAAUUUAGAUCCAUCUGAUAUAAUAACAGUUACGCGCUUCACCAUCCGUAAAGUUGGCAUAUAAAUGCUAUCCAGUCAGAAAUCAAUUUUGUGACGUAAUUUAAAUAAUUUAAGUUCCCAGGGGACGGUAAAUUGUCAUCGGUUGUCAUCAGGAAAUCGAUGCUUUUAUCACGCGAUCGUUUGUUAUUUUGCAAAUGAUUUAUUUCAAUGUAGCAGCGGUGAUUAAGGCUGUGCUUACACUGGAAACGCGAGUGCGCUAAUAUUGAUUUCGCCGUAACACGACAGAAGUGAUGACGACCAUAAUUUAUAAUUCUCACCGGAGCAUUUGACUGAACAUUAUUAAUUUACGUAGUCAGUUCAACGUUAGGCGAAUUUACGUAUAAUUGUUCAUUACGUAUCUGCAUGUAGUCAUUUCGCACGUGAUAAACCACUGUCAUAAAGAGAGUUUAUAAUAUAAAUUUCAUGCAAAUGUCUGUUAGAAUAAAUAUGUCUUGAGUCUUGAAUUUCGAAGAAAAUCACGAAGAUUAAUUUAUUUUUGAUUAUAAGAUAUUAGUUUAAAUUUUAAUGAGAAUAAUUGUAAACAGACAUUAAUUUAUAUAUGAAUAAUAAACUAUAAUCUUUUGUCAUCGAGUAUUCAUUGCAUAGUAUAUUUUUAAUUACCAUUUUAUGAAUUAAUAAAAUAACAAUUUUAUAUCUCCAAUUAUUCGGUAUAAAACUUUAUAUGAUGCUCAUACCCGUAUUCGAUAUAAUAAACAUCAUAAAUAUUAUUUGCAUGUAGAAUCGUUUCAAAUAAAUCGUUUUAAAUAAAAAAAUAUCGCGCGUACAUUGAAUAUAUUACGUAAAAAUGUAACACUAAAAGAAAUACUAAAAAAAGACAAGUUUUUCAUGUUCUAAAAACGAUUCCGAGUUUUGGGAUGUUUUGGCAGGUAUUAAUAAAUACGUAAAUUUUAUAUUUUUGUAAGAAAUGAUUUGCUGUAUUUCGGUUUUGAAAAGAAUCAAACUCUCGAGUAACAUAGAACAAAACAAUGAUAGAAUAACGACGAGUUGAUGUAGAUAACGACACUGACGCGUGCCAAGUAAAUACAAAGCUUUUUAACCACAUAUAAAAAUCAGAAAUACAUAUAGUUAACGUAAGAAUCAGAAUUGUGAGCAAAUUCCUCGACAUUCACAAUGUCUUUCGAUCGUAACUACCAACGUUGCAUUUUAAUAAAGCUAUUUACAAAUUACAAUAUUUUAUCGCAAUCGUCAUUCACGUCGCUCUUCAAUAUAAUGUCAUGUACAUACGUAAAGUUCAAUACGCUACGUAAUAUCGACAAUAUCGAUAGUUACUAAAACUUUGGUUACGCAAAAAUAGACGCAGAUAUAUUUAUAUAUUUAUACAUAUAUUCAUACGUGUGUACAUAUAUAUAUACGCACACUUAUGUAUAUAUGUAUAUCUGAACUUUACCUCUUCAUUAGGGAUUUGUUAGAGUUUACAUACCUAUAAACAAAUGUACAAUAAUUACAAGGAAGUAGGACAUUGAUGUAAUUUAUAAAUAGUACAUAUAUAUAUAGUGAUUACAUUAUAUCAAUUAUUUAUUUCCCAUAAUCGCAAGAACGGAGAAUAUUUCAGUCGAAAGUGAUGAAAACUAAAUUUAUUCCACUGCAACAUUGAUCAAUUUCAAAUGAAUAAAAUGUUCAAAAAUAUUGUGUGUACUUAUUGAUUCUCUAUUUGUUUGGCAUUCAUAUAUUUGUGCAUUUUAUAAAUGCCAAACAAAAGAGUACACGGUACAAUAACAAAAAAUAUUACGCAAUAUAUGUUUAAAACAAUUAAUUGUAUAUUAUUUUUGCACAAAGAAAAAAGCAGAUUAUGAAAUAUUAAUUAUACACAUUUACUCGUUAAAAAAAUUAUAUAUAUAUAUAUAGCAUAUAUAUAUAUAUAUAUGCUAUAAAAUAUAUAAAUAUUUUAAAAAGAUAGUAUUAAAUAUUUAGUAAUCUAAAUCUCAUUUGAAAGUUGACUACUUGUAAUAAUAAUACUAAUAACAAUAUAAAUCGAAAA